UUGGCAACACAGUACUGGCAGUGAAGCCUGGGUGUGAGCGUUGGAUAAAGUGAGUGAGAGACCUGGAUUGCUGCCAGUGGUGAAAGAUCAUUGAGUUUGCGAGUUUGUAUAGUUAUGAAAGGUUGAGAAGCGAGGUAAGAAAGGUUGAGAAGAAUUACGAAAAGCUGUAAAGAGCUAAGAGUGACUAGACAGCUCUUCUUAACCAUCCUUAGAACUGAGAAAUAGGAAAAGGCAACACAACCUGAGAUAAGAACAAAAUCUGCCGAAAACCGAGACAUGCGGAACACGAAGCUGCUUUAGAAGGGUUUAUUUCUGCCAAAUCCAAGUGACUGAAGAAUCUUCGCGAGGGUCAAGAAGAGCUGUGCUGCUUGCUUCUCUCGUAGCUGCAACCUCGUCAUUGGUACAGACGUUCGUCGUGGCUCCCAGCAGUCUCCACACCGCUGCAUUCUUCGUUCUUAGUGCAACUGCUUCAGCAUUCAUCGUCUAAGUCUCAGUGGCGCCGCUGUCAUCUUUCGCCUGACGCCUUCAGUGUGUAAAACAGCAACACCAUGCCUAAGUCAGCUGCACUGGCGAUUGGUAUUGACCUGGGCACCACCUACUCAUGUGUAGGGGUCUUUCAGAACGGCAAGGUGGAGAUCAUUGCGAACGACCAGGGCAGCCGGACGACGCCGAGCUAUGUCGCGUUCAGUGAAACCGAGUGGUUUGCUGGAGAGGUCGCCAAGAGUCAGUCACUUAGAAACCCGAAGAACACAGUCUUUGAUGCUAAGCGCAUGCUCGGUCGUGGCUUUCACGACGAGGAACUGCGAAGAGACAUGAAGCGAUGGCCGUUUAAAGUGAUCGAUGACCGUGGAAUCCCGAAGAUCGAGGUGCAGUACAAGAACAAGACGAAGUUGUUUACGCCCGUGGAGAUCAGCUCCAUGGUGCUCACUAAAAUGAAGAUGACGGCCGAGGCUUACCUUGGAAAAACGGUCGCCAAAGCUGUCAUCACGGUGCCGGCCUACUUCACGAACGCCCAGCGCCAGGCCACCAAGGACGCUGGCAAGAUAGCGGGUCUGGACGUCAUGCGCAUCAUCAACGAGCCCACUGCUGCCGUGCUGGCCUAUGGUCUCGACAAGAAGCUGGACGAAGAGCAGAAGGUACUCAUUUUCGACUUGGGAGGUGGCACGUUCGAUGUUUCCGUCCUCGCGUAUGCAGAUCAAGUCUUCCAAGUGAUGGCCACAGCGGGUGAUACACAUCUUGGGGGCGAGGAUUUCGAUCAUCGACUCGUCGAGCACUUCGCAAAUGAGUUUAAGAGGCAACACAAGAAAGAUCCCCGAACCAGCUCCCUAGCAAUGAGGAGGCUAAAGGUCGCGUGUGAAGAAGCGAAGAGGACCCUGUCGAGCACCUCCGUAGCUCACGUGAAUGUUGACUCACUGCUCGAGGGCAUCGAUUUUGCAGGAAAGGUUUCUCGAGCCCGUUUUGACGAACUCUGUGGAGAUCUUUUCCGAAAAACACUGGAUACGGUUCAGAGCGCUCUGGAUGAUGCAAAUCUGAAGAGAACUGACAUCGACGAAGUUAUCCUCGUCGGUGGCUCGACGCGCAUUCCCAAGGUCCGCAAACUACUUCAGGAUUUCUUUGACGGCAAGAAGCUGAACCUUCGCAUCAAUGCCGACGAGGCAGUGGCGUUCGGCGCCACGGUCCAGGCGGCCACUCUCUCCGGACAGGAGGUGCCCGGUGUGGAUCUCCUGAUCGAUGUGAUCCCCUACUCACUAGGCGUGCGGGAGGGUGAGAACAACUUCGCCAAGUUCAUCGAACGCAACAGUCACGUGCCCAUCAGAGUCGAGAAAGAGUUCGUCUUGGGACGAGACUACCAGACCGCGGCACAGGUUGAUAUCUACGAGGGUGAACAUCCUAACGCGCGGAACAAUCAUCUACUGGGCGAGUUUCUUCUAGACGGCCUUCCGGCCAUGAAACGUGGCGAAACGAAGCUCAAGAUCGUCUACGACGUCGACGCUGACGGCAUCAUGACGGUCUCGGCAAAAGACACGAUGUCAGGAAAGUCAAAAGAGAUUCAGGUCAAUUGCAUGAGCUACAUCGGCCCGGAGGAACUGAAGAAGAUGCAGGAGAAUGCGGCAAGAAUGGCGGCGGAAGCCAAGGCGGAGGAGGAAAGACGCCGGGUAGAGGACGAAGAGGAACAGUUCAGCACCAGCCGGGAGGGAGACGGUCCUCGUGACGAUGAAAGAUCGGAAGCCCGAGGAAAAAGUGACAGGAGCAGUAGGGAGCUCGAUGGAGGCUUCAUGGAAAGGAAAGGUGACACUUCUCCACAGGCUGGACGCAAACGAAGCAAAGACAGAAAGCGCAAGAGCGACAGCUCCUCUGCAGACGACAGUGACAGCAGCGGAAGAGACGCAUCACGAAACCGUCGCAGCGGAAAAAGGGGUGAAAAACGCCGAAGUGAUGACUCAACACACGGAGACGAAGACGGAGGCCACGAACCUAAAAAAGACAAACGGCGAGAGACAAAGGAGCGGGAAAAGGAUGCUGAGCGUAAAGGAAACAAGGACAGAAGGCGCAAGAGCGAAAGUUCCCCGGAAGGCGAAAGUGACAGCAGCGAAAGUGACGCUUCGCGAGACCGCAGAGGCGAAAAAAGGGGCGAAGAACGCAGAAGUGAUGACUCCACAGACGAUGAAAAAGAUCGAAGUCACGGACGUAAAAGUGACAAAUGGCGAGAGACAAAGCAGCGGGAAAAGGAUGCUGAGCGUAAAGGAAACAAGGGCAGAAGGCGCAAGAGCGAAAGUUUCCCGGAAGGCGAAAGUGACAGCAGCGAAAGUGACGCUCCGCAAGACCGCAGAGGCGAAAAAAGGGGCGAAGAACGCAAAAGUGAUGACUCCGCAGACGAUGAAAAAGAUCGAAGUCACGGACGUAAAAGUGACAAACAGCGAGUGACAAAGGAGCGAGAAAAGGACACUGAGCAUAAAGGAAACACAGAUAGAAGGCGCAGAAGCGACAGUUCCUCGGAAGGCGAAAGUGACAGCAGCGAAAGUGACGCUUCGCGAGCCCGUCGCAGCGAAAAAAGGGACCAAAAGCGCAAAAGUGAUGACUCCACAGACGAUGAAAAAGACCGAAGCCACGGACGUAAAAGUGGCAAACAGCGAGAGACAAAGGAGCGGGAAAAAGACGCUAAGCGUAAAGGAAACAAGGACAGAAGGCGCACAAGCGAAAGUUCCUCGGAUGGCGAAAGUGACAGCACCGAAAGUGACGCUUCGCGAGACCGCAGAGGCGGAAAAAGGGGCGAACAACGCACAAGUGAUGACUCCACAGACGAUGACAAAGACCGAAGCCACGGACGUAAAAGUGACAAACAGCGAAGGUCAAAUGAGCGGGAAAAGGAAGCUGAGCGUAAAGGAAACAGAGACAGAAGGCGCAAAAGCGAAAGUUCUUCGGAAAGUGAUAGUGAUAGCAGCCGAAGUGACGCCUCGCGAACCCGUCGCAGCGAAAAGAGGGACGAAAAACGCAAAAGUGACGUCUCCACAGGCGAAGACCAGGACCGAGGCCAAGGACGCAAGAGUGACAAACAGCGCGGGACAGAGGAACAUGACGAGGGCAGGAGGCGUCGAUCUCCUUCGCCACCUCACGAUCGGCGGUCGCGACAUUCCGACGCCAGUCCCAAACGGUCUGACCAAUCUGAGGAGCACAAAGACUCUGACGAAGACGAGAAGCCUUCAACAGACAAGGUGGGCAACGACCUGCUGCUUACCAUCGAGAACCUUCUAGAGGGAGAGCCGAACUCCUCGAAGAAGGAGCGUCAGGAGGUUCGCCGCCGGUGUUUGGGUCUUCUCGCUCAAGUUGCCACAAACCCCAACAAGGAAAUUCGGUCUCGAGCUCGGGAUUUACGGCGUCAGCUGGACGAGAAGUACGGAAAGGCCGGGAAGAAAUCGGUCAGCGAGCCCAAGGUGAAGAAGCCACCCCUGCGUGAACGAGCGCAGAGUUAUCUAUGCCAGGUGGUGCAGGCAGUGCUGGAGGCCGAUCAUAGCGCUGAUGAAGACGAGGUGGACACUGUCAACGAGAUGUGCAUGGACAUGAUGAGCUGGCUGGAUGAUGAUGAUUCUAUCCGGGAUAAGGAGAUCCUAAGGAGGAUCAGAAGGCUGAAGACCAAAUGUGACGACAUCAGAGGCCUGUCUGUACCAAUGGACGACAUUGUUGAUGAAUCGGAAAGCGAAGACAAACGAAGCUCUGAUGUUGAAGAAGAUCGCGGAAAGACUUCUGGGAGGGAUUCCCGAAAAGACAAGCGUGACAAAGAUACCAAAGACAAGGGAGACAAGGCUACCAAAGACAAGGGAGACAAGGCUACCAAAGACAAGGGAGACAAGAAAGAGUCUGAUUAUGGCGAUCUUCCUCCUCUUGAAGAGGUGUUUUAGUGUGGUGACCAAGGCGUUUCGUUACCUGUGGCUGGUUGGAAAAUCGUCAGUGCAUGUUACUUGUGCAGUUUCACGCAACACAACUGACGUUGACUGACUGAUGAACCUGAACGUCCCGAAUGUUUGAUUGUCCGGACUGCCAAUUAAGAAUUGAAAGUCGCGCUGGAUGACAUACCUACUGUUACUGUUACUUGCGUUACACGUUAUAAUCGUUUGAUGCUUAGUGCUUACCGGUGGAUCUUGCGUUUACUUAUCUUGCCGAUCUUGCUUUGGGUACGUUUCAUCAGGCAUGUGGCGUCUAGCUCCGAAGCUUUUGUUGCUCUGUAAAGCUAUCAUCUAUCUAUGACGACCAUGUAUUAUAAACGUAGAGUGACGAGUCAGCAAAGUGAUUUAGGUAUUGUGAUGCUAUUAAACAGCAAAAGUAUUCGGUUGCUAAGUGUGAAGUGACAAAAAUAAAUGUCGCUCAUGUAUGUUUAGAA